AUGUCAACACCAUCCAAGGCCCCCGGAAGCCGAGCACCCGGAUCUGCGGUUCCCCUAGGCAGCCGCGCUCCAGGGGCUACAAUGGCACCACCGGGAUCGGCAGUCCCGGGAAGCCGGGCUGCCGGAUCGGCCGUGCCACUGGGAAGUCGGGCCCCCGGAUCCGUGAACCCAGGCUUCGCGGCGCCGGGUAGCCGAGCCCCAGGACCGUCCAGCGUGCCGCUUCCUGCCAGCACUUUCCCCGGUCUGUCAACUGCCGACAUGGCACAGCAGCCGCUCAGCUCCUACGUCAGGACAUCGUCGACGGCGGGCACCUAUGUGAGGACAUCGCCAUCGGCAGGCGCCUUCGGAACCACGAUGCCGUCCGCAACACCAAUGAGGGUCGUCAACGCCUUGUCCGUGAUCCCCGAGACAGGCGCCACGACGUCUAGCAUGUUCUUGCAGACCCAGGCCACCGGCGCUAGUAGACUUCCCGCAGCGGGGAUAGCAGGGAGCAGGGCGCCGGGGAGCGUCAGCGCGCUCUCGGGCAAGCCCAUGCCGUCUAUGGUGCCGACGCCGGGCGGAGGGUACAUGGCGUCGGCGUGGACCAAGCCCGAGGACCUGGAGGCGGCGGCGGAGCACCUGCAGUAUCAGAACGCCAGCGCCGAGCGGAAGAAGUAUCUGGACAUCUGGGCCAUGCAGAAGGCCAGCGAGCUGGCGCCGUGCCCGGCGGGCUACAGAUGGCGCCGCCAUCCCUCUCACCCGGGCUACUUGUGCGCCGGUGGUGCGCACUACAUCCCCGAUGUCAUGGUGGUCGAAGGCUUGCCUGGUGUGUACACCGUGAGUCGACCACCGAAAAAGUUGAUUGAGGAUAUGACCCCCCACAAGAAGGAGAAUAUCCCCAACAGUUAUUUCGGCCCCGUGCGUCCCGAAGGUACUGACAUGAAUGGAAAAUAUAUCUAUCCAUUCUGGGCGUAG